UAAUUAUAUAAAAAAAAUUCGUAUCGAUUCUGAAAUGUGCAAUCCAUCUCCUUAACUAUGUAACAGAGAUGAAUCAAAUCGGCCGUUCCCAAGCGGAGCGCGCGUCUUAACAAUGAACUCGCGACAAAUCUAAAAUGUAUUAGAAAAUACUUGUGCCGUCUAUCAUCGAAGUUACACUACGCGAUUUCAUAUACUGCAUUCUAAUAACGAAAAUGGCAAGAAUGGAGCUUCCGGUGCUGGAUAAAUUCUGUUUUGUAUUCAACCUGCGGGGUGGAUGCAUCACGAUGGGCAUCAUCAACUCUAUAUUGACAUUUGUACUCGCGGUGAUCCUAAUAACGUUUGCUGUGGACAUCAAGAGCGCGACCGAAGCGCAACUGAGGCGCGACGACGCUGACGCCGCCAUGUCGUCGGUCGUUUACACCAUCGUGAUCCUGCUCGUGGUACUUCUAUUCGUGAAGUUUUUCUUCGAUUUGGUGUUCGUUUAUGCUGUUUACAAGGAGAAAUGUGGAAUAAUGAAGAAGUACUGCAUCUUUUGGAUAAUCUUUCUCGUCCUGUUCAUCAUUGGAUUCCUGAAGUCACUGUUUCACAUGGGGGCUGGCCAUGUCAUCGCGCAAAUUCUAUUCUUAGCUGAGAACUUUUACUACAUAGUGGUGAUCCGAAGCUACUUGAUAUCGAUCAAUGAAGAUGGCGUUCUGUAAUUACAACUAUUCAGAAGAAAUCGCAAGUGAAACGCAAUUAAUUUUUUCAUAUUCAUAUUUUAUAAUAGCUUUUCGAUUUGGAACCUUUUAAAUUUAAAAGCCCAGCUUUUAGAACAUAUUUUUAUUGAUUAUUUCGAUUCUUAAGAUCCCUUUACAAAAGGCUCUCGAGGCCGUAUUUUUUGUAAGAAUAUUUGUAAAACUUCUGAUGCAAGGUAAUUAUGAAGAUGUCAACAGAAUUUGACCAAUAACUAUAACGCAAUUCUCGAAUUUGAAUGACGGGAUUUGCGGGACACAUAUCGAAAACUGUUUUAAAAAUCAAAUUCGCAUUCUCAGUUAACAUUUCGAAUUUAUAUUUCGAGAUGGGUAGGACACCACCCAAUUCACAAUUGGCGUUGUGAUAUCUACACUGUUGUUUUUCGGUAACCAUUUUACAUUAGACGGGCCAUGAGUUCAUCGCUCCGGGCAGUAACAAGAAUAAAAUAUUUUAUACAUUAUAUCCCUAUUUCCCAUUUGUAGCCCAAAAUAUUAGAUAAAAAAUGUCAGGGCUAUCUAUCUCAACUACGCGCGGACGAGGUUCGAGAUGAAGAAAUUGCUAAUCCUAGCUAGCUCUAGCGUGAGUUGAAUCCAUUACCGCCGAAACACCAGUUUUUAUUUUUUGCGAAUGUUUGUAGUAGGUAUAUAAAUAUCACGAUAAAUUCGAUCAAAUAUUUGACGCAAUAUAUGUAUAACGGUGAAUUCAUUUUCGAAGAAAACCACCAUACAAAAUUAAUUAUUUGAAAUUUAAACCGCGUAUCUCUAGAUUGGUCGCGGCAUUCACAAUGUCUUUGAGUAAAAAAAUUAUAAAAAAUAAAAUGUAUUUUAUCUAGCUGUUGGAAGCGUGUUUAAUCAAUAUAUUAAUUGUGUAUUACAUAGUCGUAAUGUAAUAUUUGUUAUGUGAUAGAAAUGUUGUUACGUAGACAGAAUUAAACAUAUCUCAGAAUGUGUGUGAUUAGUAACGUUUUGAUGACAUUAUUUAUGUUUUGUAUUUAACUAAUAAUUUGUUAAUUUUGUGCGUGUAGAUAUGACGAAUCAAUUUGUUGUAAUAAUACAGUUUUUUGCCAAAUACCUAGCGCGAAAAAUAUAAUAUAAUAAUUAUUUAAAAGAAAUUAUUUCUUCCACGAAAAAAUAGAAAGUUUGAUACGUCCGUUAAUUUAAUGUAAUUUAUAAUUCUCGUUCCUAUUUUAGAUUUUAAGUGCAAUUUGCUGUGUUUAAAUGAAUUUUGAAUAAGUUGAAAAUACAUCGUACGCCAUUUCGAGCCAAGUCUCAUGUGUUAUUGAAAAGACGGUCCUAUGAGGAAAAUUCAAACAAAUACAUCUAGCUUCUCAACUUUGAAAUGCUUAUAAAUUUUGAUUGAAUUUGAAACUUAUAUUUAUAUUAAGUACUUAUGUUUAAAGUUUAAUUAAUUAGUUUUUAUAAAUUUUAGUGGUAUCGAACAUUACUUUAUCUAACAGAUUUAUAAUUGGUAAGUCGCUGCAGAAUUUAAUUAAUGUCAAAACUUAAUUUGUAAUUUAAAACUGGUUGUGACGAGUUUCUUGUAAAUUUUUAAAGUAUAUAAUGAAAAUCGUGUAAAGCUGAACUAAGAUGGUAUUGUUAUAAAAUAUGUUUUUAUAAUAAGAAAAUAAAUAAAUAAAUCUUCUCAAUAUGAUUUCGACUUUCUCGCUAAAUCUGUAAAAAGAAACCCGUAAGCAAGGAUUUCAAUUUAGCGAGAAAAUAAUAAGUAUUGUUUUUAUAUUGUUUGUAAACAAAUCUCGUUAUAUUUAUUCUUAAAUUGAUCUGUUCGAAGCACUUCAAUAUAAUACAAGUAAUAAAAUUGAAGGCUGACGUCACUCUGUUGUUGUUUCGGUACUUUACUACAAUGUUCACUAAAUAUACAAUACAGAUACACAAUUAAUAAUUAACAUUUAUCAAAAUUUAUUCUGCUUAAAACAGUAUGGAAUAUAC